UUGAAGUAGAAAACGGUUGGGCUUUUUUUCAUCAUAUAUUUAAAUACUACACCAGUAUAUAUUACUAAUAUUAGGGUUUGUUACUUACUACAACUACAAGUUUAAUCAUCUCGCGAUCUCACUCUUAUGGUUGAGGUGUUGAAUACAAUGGCAAGUGAAUUCAAAGCAUCUACUUCAAAUGAUAUGCUGUGUGAGUGUGAAGAUGAAUCAGAAAGUUUCUCCGAUAUCGAUGAUCAAGAGAUUGAUCAGUACCUUUUCAAUGAUGAAGAGAAGCGCAUCAUGAAGAUAUUUUGGGAAUAUCAGAACCGCGAGUAUCUUGAGGAGGAAGCAGCCAAGGAAGCUGAGAAGAAAUUGUAUGAAGCAAUUUGGAUAAACACUCGAGAAGAUCUACCAGAAUCAAUGGAGCGUUAUGAAUCUGCUCUUGAAGUUCUGGCAAGAUACAGAGAGAGACGACCUCAACAGGCCACUUACCAAAUGGUUAGAAGAGAGCAGAGAGAAGCUCAACAGAGAGAAGCUCAAGAGGCCGCUUACGAAAUGAGUCUGCAAAGAUUGUUUGAAGAUAACCCAGCAAUUCUUUCUUGAACUUUUUUCCUUUCAAAUGUGUAUAUCUAUUACACUUGAGUUUUGCAAACAAGACAAAUAUUUUUACUUCAAACUAUUAAUUAUACGAAGAACCGCUAUAGUACUUUGGAGAAGCCUUUUAUUGAGGCGGUGUCUAAUCUAAGGCUAAGAAUAAGAACCUGCAGAAGGGAGUUCUUGUUCAUAAAAUACCCGCUCAAAAUCUAUUGUAAUUCGAGUAGCUUCUUUGAUUUUCUUUUGUUUUUCUUGUCCUGUAUUUUGUUAUGUUUUUAUUUCGUACGUUUUUGCUUGAGAAGGUUUUGAUAUAUAUAUAUAUAUUUUGGGUUCU